AUGUCGUUUAACAUUUCUUUGACAUUUCACAUAGCAACCAUCAAAACAACGUCCAGAAAGUUUUUAUACAAAUAAUCCUAACUAAUUUUCUGUACAACAUUAAUCGGAGAGAAUGUCAUCGAUCGUAACUAAAUUUGGUGAGUACGUCGACUCCCAAAACGAACGGUCUGACAUAGAUCAAGUUGAUCUAUCUCAACUAGCAGCACAUUUCAACAGUACAACUCCACUCCAGCUGAGAAUGAACAGCAAUACAAGUGCAAGAAGCGAACUGGCUACAGUAAUAUUGAUCAAUUUGAAUAAAUACGCGCCCAACAAUGCCUUUCCGUUGGUCGGCCUCAAGGCGGUCAACAAAAUCAUCCGAAAGGAUGUCAAUAUCGAGGACGUGUUCGUUCAACAAAUUUUAUUAAUUCAUCUGACAAAGAUGAACUUAGAUGUAAUGAAAAUAGCUAGAACGAUGGCCAAACUAGAUCGACUAACACUUGACUUUCAUAUGGAUGAGCGGUUGGAAGAAUGGGAAGCUAUUUCGAAGAUUACGAUAAAGAACAAGCACAUUCGUUACUUGAUUGACAAAAUGAUCACAGACACUUUCGGAAACCGUCUCGCUGAGCAGGUGUUUAUAACGAAAGAUUACAACGUCGUUGUUGCUUUUGUUUCCACCGAAGUAAUGGACUUGAGAGGUUUCUCCGGCUUUAAUACGAUCUACAUCAACAAGAACCAUUUCGAUGGGAAAGUCAAUAGCCCGCAGUGGUCUAGCGAUCUUAUUCUUAUUGAUGUUGUGACAGUCACUGUUCACGAAUUAGCGCAUGUACGCUGCCGUCAGGUGUUCGACGAUUUGAAUGCAAGCAGUCCAAUAUUAACAACUGGACUUCCUGUCAACGACCCUGAAUUCGGGCGGAUUGUGGAACGUAAAGUAUUUGGAGCGGCAGUAGAUUGGGACGAUUCAACUAGUGUUGGUCGCGUUCCUGUGUCACAUGUAACAAACUUGCUAGAUGCCAUCCGUCAAAAUACAACAUUACCUUCACCACCACCAGGCGCCACUUUAUAUGAACGGUUGAAUCCGGUAAAAUUCUACGGAAGUGCUGGUGCUGACAUUUCACAGGGAGGAAUGAGCCAGUAGAUUAUCGAAAUUGUACUCUAUGUAGAUUUUGCUCGCAAACUAUCCGCUCAAAUUGAAUGUAAGUCAGAAUUUAGGUCAACGAAACUUCAUGCCCAGGCUUUGUUGAUAACUGAGUGCAUUUGUUGGAUUACCCAAAAAUAAAAGGUAACAGCAGCCUUCAAACCCGAUUUUAUUACAAGAAUCAUACCACGACUGGAUUGGCCAACAGUUUGCGCGGGAGCUGAAUAGGUCUUCUGCAGCGGAGACCUACCAACAACUUUGUCCGAUAAUUAUGCUGCCGACAAUGAAUUCCUUCAGAAAUUGCACCAUGUGCUGAUGGAAAUCGAUGUUAUCGAGGGUAACCUUGAGUGUCCGGAAACGGGAAGAGUAUUUCCCAUUACGGAAGGCAUUCCAAAUAUGUUGUUGAAUGAAGACGAAGUUUGAAAUAAAUUAAUUUAAGAAUUGCA